CCCUUCAGACACAUUAGACAGAGGGAGGGUGGGGCGCCAGUAAAGAUUUCUUAAUGGGCUCUGCCGUCCUCUCGUCCAUCUGCCCUGAUGAUAAACACAGCUACUCCACAUUGGCCUGAUACGCAUCAAAGCUUUCAUCGCUGAUUUUCUCUUUAUUUACCAACAAACCAUUCAUUUGAUCACUUUUUCCGGAGCUUGGAGAUCUACAUAGUGAGGACUUAUCACUUGGACUUUAUCACCAGCAGUUUUUCUAACAGUAUGGGAGAUGGACAUUAUGGGAACACAUAAGUAAGAUUCACUGAGCCUUUCCCUGUCAUAAUAGGACCUCUGUGACUGUGGAGUCAUUUAUUUGGAUGUCUGGUCAGUGUCAGAGCGCAUGGGGAGCGCACUCUGCGGGGCUGCUUGUACGUGAGUGACACUUCCCUGCCGGUCCCAGACUUUACAGUAACCUCAGAAACAGUUACGGUCCCGGAGGAGGAUGCCUUCCUUGCACCACGGAGCAAUCUUCAUCGGAGCCUUCCUCAUUGUGACCGGGGGCUCCACAGCCUUCCUGACCUCGUCCCAGAGCCGCCUGCAGGCUUUCUCCCUGUGCUGCGUGGUGCUUGGGGUGGUCAUGCUCAUCCUGGGGCUGUUCUGGGCCAUGAACAGCAAAAGUGCCGCAAACUACAACCAGCGGGAGUUCGACCCAGAGUGUCCACAUUAUCCAUACAACGACUACCCCAACUUCGGCAGCCAUGCCCUCUUCACACCGCCAGGGAGCCGCUUCCCAGAGUCCCAGUCAGUGUUUCUGCCCAGGACAAUGGAGCGCCACAGGCAAGUUGCUCGUGGUGAGGAAUUCGACUACCCUCCAAUGGACCCUGGGGGGUUUAGUCCAUCGCCUCACCCUCCUCCGUGGCUGGAACCCCCGCCUCCCUAUGAGGUUGCCAUCAAGACCACGUGCAGCUCUACACACCUGCGGCGUGCAUACUCAGACACACACCUGGCAACAGAGCCCCUGUUCGGACAGUCAAGAGAGAUCAGCUUUGAGGUGUGACGGUGGACGAUGGGGACCUCAUCAGACCAAAAAAUGAAUAGGCACGAGACUGGGGCUUUCACUCAGACUCAUUUUAUCAAACACUUGAAGCAUGCUUCUUUCUGCUGUUGACCAGUGCUAGUCCUAGCAUGCAUUUCCCCUGAGUUUUCUGUUAGUGCAAAGAAGGUGUAAAUGCAUAUUUAAAUAUAUAGAGAAAUUAAAGGUGGAUUACACCAAAUUCAGCCUUAUCAGACCAACAUAAAGCACCAAGACACUUUUUGUCUUUAUAGAGAGUGUGGCUGCUACGAGCCACCGUUUUACUGUAUCUUGAGUGUUGUUUUGAAGCGAUGUGAUAAUAUUCUUUCAAUCACCCACAGGUACUCAGUUGGAUUGAGAUCAGGCUGGUAUUCUAGACGUUCAAGGAAUAGUUCGCCAUUUAGGGAGAUUCACUUAUUUGCUUUCUUGCUGACAGUUUGUUGAGAAUAUUGAUACCACUCUCAUGUCUGUUUAUUGAAUAUGAAACUACAUCCAGGAGAGGGUUAGCUUAGCUUAGCUUAGCAUGAAGACUGGGAACUGCUAGUUCGGCUAUAUCUAAAACUAACAAAGUAUACCUACUCUUUUCUCUAAAGCUCAUUAAUUCAAGUUACACCAUGUUUGUUUAAUCUGUUCAGAAAAUGUUUUUUUUGCGAGGACUAUUUUUAGGCAAUUCAUUAUGACUUCCACUCUUGAUGCUAAGCUAACACAGAUUAAUGCUUAUUUUAUAAUCUGUUGAAAAAUGUAACUGCAGUCCUUGUUUCAAAUAACCUUUACUUAUUGAUUCUAACUAUUAUAUUAAGCUGGUGCGCCUAACAUUGGUAACGGCAGUCUGUCACCUGGAGCCUGAAACAGGCAGCGGUUAAGAGCACGUUAACCUGCCACAUACAGGUUAGUUUAAGGGCAUCAGUUGCCAUGGUAACAGAAGCACACAGGAAAUCCAGGAUUUCCUUUAAUGUCAGCUCAACAAAUCUAGAUAAUGGGAUAAUCCACCUUUCUGGGGUUACCCCGGUGAGAGCAGAGGACCAUUUUCCUUGUUUUCUCGUCCUUCAAACAAUGCAACGCUCCUUUGCUCUCUGUGUCAGAAUCUUGAACAAAUGUUUUUUUCAUCAGGAUUAACAUGCUUCGUCACAGGAUGGAUAUUAUAAUUCACUUUAGGAAACUAGCGCUCAGGCCUGUAGACAUCUUUCAGUUUGUGUGCCACACAUGUACUCAUCAGCUUGUUGAAAGCAGGGGGGGAACGAUGACUCAUCUGACCAUAUGAGUUUUUCCACUGCUCUCUAGAUCGCUGCAGCUCACUGGCAACACUGCCUGAGCUUUAAGUAUCACAACCUGACCUACUGUAACUAAGCCCUUUAUUUUAAAGGAUCAUAUCAGUGUUUUUGCAUAUUUUAAAAUUCAUGUUACAGUACAUUCUUUUUUGUAAUUUUUUUUAUGUUUUUUCUUACUUCCAAACAUUCAUUAAUAUCAAUAUAUUUCAAUGCAGUGUGCAAAUCAACUUGCAGAGACUUUAAACAUGUUUUGGGGAAGUUCAUUAAUCUAAGUAAAAUCUAUACUUGUUUCUAAAACUUCUUUAGACAUUCAGGUGCUGGUGGGAAUAUACAACAAAUGAAAAAAGUCAAACAUGAAAGUUGAGAGAAAAGUGCAUUUUGGCAGCCAUCUCUCAGUUGUGGAAAUCUUGCAUAUUGGAGCUCCCACCAGGACAUGACUGCACCAGGAGGAUUUUAGUUCAUUUUUUUUUUUCUUUUUCAGUGGAAACAAAAAAAGGAACACUCCUUCGAGAAAAACGUGCACCAAAUGAAAGAAAUCAAAUGUAUAACAAAUCUUUGUUAAUCACAAAUAAUUAAAGAAAUCAAGAUGAUGUGAUAAUCACUUUUAACCACACAAUAAUGAAAUUAAUCAAAUUUGAAAUGCACAAAAAUCCAAGUAUGUAAUUUAUUGUAAAUAAACAAUUGUAAAACUA